GGACGUGGUGAGUCACGGACAGCGGGGUCGGCGCUGAGCCGACGCCCUUGAACAGGUCACCGAAAGGGGCUGAAUAUCCAGGCAGUUUUUAAAAUCCAAUAGAACUGUUUGGGAUACUUGUAACAAGGAGAGGCAGUCAGGUCAGGACUAUGUAUUUACGAAGCAAAGACGAAGGAUUUGAAGCUGGCACACGUGACUUGAAGCGAACCAAGCGAAUCAAGUGAAACAAUUAUAGACCGAAGUGAAAGCCAUGCUUUCUGGUCACAAGGAAAACCUCUGGACAUGACUUUGCCUCUGCUGUUCCUCCUGUGGAUGCCCAUGGCCUUUGAAUAGACUGAUCUAGGGAAAAGAAACACACUGGUCAGAAAUGGGGAAUGCUUGUUGUUUUCCUACAGGGAUAUGUGAAGUACAAGUGGAUGGAAAAAAGAGUUUGCUGCCUGACUCUAACGAAGGCACCAGUACCGUGGUUAAAGCAACUGAAGAUGAAUCGUACAGGACACAAACAGGUUUCCUGGAGAAGAAGGAGGGAGUGGAAGCUAAUGCAAACAGUAUGCUGGAAAGCAGCACAAAAUCAGGAAGUGAUGCACAGCUGGACACUAGGGCGACAGCUGCACACCUGAAGCAGGAGGUGUUUGCUGAGGUAAGGGAUGUGGACACAGCCCACAUCUCAAUUAAAUCUGAAGAUGGAUCCACACCAAACCUCACUCCCAAGACCGAAGAACAAAAGCUAUUAGAUGUCACUUCAAAGGUAGAAAAUGGACAUGACGAAGACCUCUCCCUCAAAACUGAGGAUAUUUGUGUAAAAAGCCUCUCUAAGGCUCAGGACCUAGAGAUUGAUAAACUUGUCCUAAAAACUGAGGGUAGACUCCUUAAAGCUUCCUCCUCUGAAACUCAGGAUUUGCAAGUAGAAGACCCCUCCCUCAAAACCAAGUCUGUAGAGACAGAAGUUGUCUCUCUCAAGACUGAGUCUGUACAAGAUGAAGAUCCCUCUCUCAAAACUGAGUAUGUGAGAGUAGAAGACCUUUCCCCCAAAACCAAGUGUGUACAAGAAGAAGACAGCUUGUCUAAGACUCUGGCCAUAAAGGAUGAAGACAACCCGCCAACAAUUGUGAAUGGACAUGCCGAAGACCCUUCUUUAACAUAUGAGCCCGGCAUGGGUAAACCCUCCCCCUCUCAAGAGCCUCAGACAGACACAGAUCCUACUGAGGAUGUCCCUGAUCAGCUCUCCCAGUCUGAUGAGAAGACCUCCCUAGAAAUUUACUACAGGUAA